GGUAAUGUGGCGGGGUCAGGACAUCCAAGGCACGGGAAAGGAUUACCGUCAAGCGUAACAUGCAGGGUGGCUACCGUACUGCUCCCGAUAGGGGCUAUAAGCUCUGGAUGUUUACCGGGGCGCGCCACCGCCACAGCGCAUCCCACGAUGCUGCCCACGAUACGGUCCGCGAGGGCCAGCCUGCGCUAGCAGUCGUAUCGCAAACUAUUCUCUAGCUAAUAAUGCUGCCACUCCGAGUACUAGUCGUUUAUGACACGAUCCUAAAACUCGGCCUGUGGAGCAAGCCCUCGCGACUCGAGUGAAAUGCGGUUUCAACGGUUGAAGCACUGUGCACAUUGCCCGGAGGGCUCAAGGAGGCCCUGCACACUUCUUAGUUUGUCAAUAAGCGAGCGAGCUUCUUGCUGGGCCGGCUGACUCAACUCCGCCGCGGCAAGCAGUCGGACGCUGAGCGGGCGUGCGAAUUUGAAAUGAAAUUGAUAGCAUACAGACUCAAAAGGUCUAAUGGCCGGAAGGGCAGCGCGUGCCGGCGGAUGAGAGCACUUUGUGCAUCGGGGAGCUUUCCUUGUUUAGUAGUACUCCCGGCAUCCAAUUUUUCUCUACAGAAAGUAAUAAUUUUGUAGAUUCAAAGCUUCACUCUUGCCGAGAUUCUCACAAAAGUAUGUCACGUCCCCAGCACGAAGCCCUCUCCGUCAUGAGGACAUUAUGAGGACAUUCUAGAUAGCAGCAAAUAGAGCUUGCAGAAAUGGCCGGGAAAAAACGCGGCUGCUCGAUUUUGCUCUGGGCUGUGCUGGCGCUGGCGCCGGCGCUGCGGGACUUCAGCGCUCAUGCUGGAAUAAGCGUUAACGUGACGACCGGACGAGAGGUCGCUUUAGCGCUGGGGAACGCCACAGUCGUCCAGCUAAUGGUUACCCCGUCUUCGCUCACUGUCAGCGACCACGACUUCGAGGGCAUUCCUGGGCUUCCGUUUUUGGUGUCUCGCAACGUCACAAUCACAGGCCCCUUCGCAGACGCUGUUAGAUGGCCGCGUCUGUCUUUCGGGGGCGCCGACAAGGUCCAGCUGGGCAAUGGCGUGUGGCUCACAUUGACGCGGAUCAUCAUCCGGCCAGCGGAGUGGGAUGAGGCGGCCUUCAGGAGCCCACGCUUUCGGCUCCUGUUGCCCACGCCGCCUGGGCCAAAAGGAGUCCUGCAAAUUAAGGAUGCGUGCAUGAACUUGCCCUACGCCUUCGACCCAUCAAUAGCCGAGGCUUACAUCACCUCUUGGACGCGGCCCCCCGAGAUGCCAGGCACGCAGCUGACCCAGAUCAUCGCCAAACCCGACCAGGUCCCCCCCUUCAACGAGUAUGUGCAGGUCCUGUACGACCGCGACGUGUCCGCAGACACCACCGUGUCGGAUGCCACCACGGGCAGCGUGCGGAGCCUGAACUACAUCACGUGGGUGGUGGAGUCGUGGCUGGUGUUUGACACGCAGAUCAGUCUCGAGUGCAUGGCAGCAAACCAAGGAGAUCCCGUGCCUUGCUACCUGUCCGAGGUCAAAGGAAUAAACCCGUACGGCCUGCACGCGAAUGGCACGGCGAGCGGCGCCGCAUCACCCGCCGCCAACAGCACCAGUAAAGGCAACGCGCUCGCCCAGCCAACUGACAGUGGAGGCGGAGGCGGAGGUGGCGGUGGCGGUGCCUCGACCGGGCAGGUCGUCGGCGCCGUGGUUGGCGGAGUGAUCGGUGGUUUGGUCGUGUUCGUGGCUGUCGCGUACGGCUGGGUGGCUUGGCGGCGCCAGCGCGCUUACCGGGGCCACAGCACCAGCACUAGCAGCGGCGAUUUGCAGGAGCUGGGCAAGGCGCCGGGAACUGCCACAAGCAAUGGCGGCGGCAGCGGGGGCAGCGGCGGCGGCCGCAGCGGCGGCGGCGGCCUCGGGCGGUGCUGCGGCCUGGGCGCCGCCAGUGCUAUGCGUGUGGACGUGGAGACGGGCCAGCUGUCAAGAGAGGCCCUGGCAGAGGGCGACAAAGGGUCAAAGGGUGUAGGUGGCGGCGGGUCGGGCGGCGGCGACAUUCUGCCGCCCGCCGUGGGCGCCGCCGCCGCGGGCAAGGGCGCCGACGGCGCCAGCUUCGCCGUGGCGGCAGCGGCAGCAGCGGCGGCUGUAGCAGCGGGCGCGAACGGCAGUAGCCGGCAGCUGUCAAAGGGCGCGCAGACCGCCGCCACCACCGCCGCCACCACCGCCGCCACCACCGCCUAUAGCACCGGCGUCGCCGGCGGAGACUUCAGUCUGUCAAUGCAGUUGGCGGCUCUGGGGCGACUGGGCGCGCAGGAGAGCAGCAACUUCGGCCCAGGAUCUGCGGCGGGCUGCGGCAGCGACGCCGGCGGCCUCGGAUCCACCCUCACAACCCAGCCUACCGGCAGCAGUGACAUGGGUGCCGGUGGCAGCCGCGCUACUGGUGCCACUGCCACUGCGGCCAGCAAUGCUCAUGUAGACCUGCUCAGCCCUGGGGGCCCGUCGCGGGCUAGCACGGUGGUGGCGGUGGCGGCGGUGGCGGCGGCCGAGGCGGGAGUAGCUGGCAGCGCGGCGCCGAGUGGCAGCGCGGGACUUGGCGGCAGCCGCGGCCUAGGGCUGGGGCUGGCGCUGGCGCUGUCGGAGGAGGUGGUUGGGCACCGCACGCCAAUGCGCGAGGGCUUGGUGAUGGACGUGGAGGUGGACGACGGUCUGGACGGCGCGUUGCUUGCCUCUGACAACACCGGGCUCGAGCGCGUGAUCGGCAUCGCGGGCGGCGGAGCAGCAGCAGGAGCAGCCGCGCAGCCGGGUGCGGGGCAGCAGGAAGGCGGCGGCGGCGAUGGGGUGGCGGCGGCGGCGGCGGCGGCGGCGGCGGCGGGAGCAGUGGCGGGCCUGGCUGGCGGUGUGAGCCGCAAGCGAUUGCCUGGUCCGGAGGUGGUGGAGGUGCUGCCGGUGGUGCUGGGCAAGGGGUCCUACGGCCGCGUGUUCGAGGGGCGCUAUCGCGGCAUGCGUGUGGCGGUGAAGCAGGUGUUGGCGGCGUCGGGGCCCUUCGGCAUGGUGCAGGCCGCCGCCGCCGCCGACCAGUCCGGCGGCGGCAGCGACAGGGACAAGGAAAUGAUGGAGACCUUUGCGCAGGAAGCCGACGUGUUGGGUCGCUGCGACCACCCCAACAUCGCCCGUCUGUACGCGGUGUGCCUGACGCGGCCCCGGUUGGCGCUGGUGAUGGAGCUGGCGGACAUCAGCCUAGACAAGCUGCUGGCACGGACGUACGCGGAAGCACCCAUGCCGCUGCCCAAAGUGCUGCACAUCGCGACCCAGAUCGCGCAGGGACUCUGCUACCUGCACCCCACCAUCGUGCACCGUGAUCUCAAGCCCGCCAACGUCCUGAUCAACGACCCCACCUCUGACACGCCCGGCGUCAAGCUCACGGAUUUCGGGCUGGCGCGCAUCUACGAGUCCACCAUGUCCACUGCCAGCCCCGAGGCCGGCACCGCAGCCUACCUGGCUCCGGAGUGUUUUGACCUCGACAACGAUGUUAUCACACACCGAGCGGACAUCUACUCCUUCGGUGUGGUGGUGUGGACCAUGCUGUCUGGCCAGGAGCCCUGGAAGGACACGCGCGGCAUUGUGGAGAUUGCGGUCAAGUUGACAAUGCGCAAUGAGCGGCUGCCGCUGUCUGAGGUGCUGGGCGGCGAGCGCUGCCCACCCAAGCUGGAGCGGCUGCUGGCGCAGUGCUGGGACGCAGACCCCAAGCGCCGGCCGGCGGCCGCCGACGUGGUCAAGGAGCUCUUGCUCAUCAGCGAACAGAUGUCGCAGCCGAGGCGGUCCACGGGGACCAGCGGCUUCACAGCAGUGUCGUCGUCGCUACUCGCGGCGAUGCCGGCGACCCCGUCCGUCACCUACAGCCCUGCAGGCAGCGGCCGGUCAUAGGGCCGCUGGAUGAAUUCAUCUGCUAUUUAUGCGUGCAUAAGCUUUUACCUUUCUUUGUCGGUUUGUGCAACUGCCGCAAGUUUGCAUGCAUUGCGCGCCAGGCGCUGCACCAGCAAGCUUCCAACAUCGAAGCUGCAGAAGCCUGCCUGCGCAUAUCAGGUAUGCAGCGCAGCAGCACAUUCCAAUUAAUUCACAAGGACGAACCUUUCCCGCAUGCAGCGGUUGCUCUGACACGAUGAAACGUGGGGUUUUAGAGGUCUGUUGACCAAAGUGAGAAAGCGGGCCGAGAGUGACUUUGGUGUUGCCUUGCUAUUCAAGCUGCCACCUGGGCGCGCUAGACUGCUAUGGAUGGAUGGUGGAUGCUGCGAACAAAGGCGGCUGUGGAUUGGGCGGCGUAUAAAUUGCUGUAACUAGGCGUCUGGGCAUGCAGGGGUUGGAAUGCGGCGGGCACGGCAAUGUGUGGCGUCAUUUGCAUGCGGCCAUGCGCGUUGCGGGAGACUCUGAGUUUGGGAGGUUUUGGGGUUUGGAUGACGCGCAUCCCGCCGUUAACCGCCUGAAGGUGCAGGACGGUUGGCACCUGUUGGCACGAACGGUGUGUAGUUCUGUGAGUAAAUAAAUGGAUAUUGCACGUACGGGAUAUGGGGGCUUGCGUGAGAGAUUGAUGCGGAGCACGGUACGAGCAUGCCCAGUACGGUAUUUAUAAUCAUGGAUGCCGUUGGAACAAAUUGUGGUACGGCAAAGACAAGGCGCUUGAAGGAUGCCCCGCGCAGCCGUGUGGCCGGCUGGUGUGCUGGCAAUUGCCUUCCUUUGCUUGAACAAGUAGUAUAAAUGCGACAUUGCAAGAAGGGCCAGUCCGACCAGCAAAGGGAAUACUAUGGUUGCUACUAUGCGUUUACUGCGGGUGGCGGGAUGGGUGUGUUAACCCUCCACACGCCACGCCUACAACCGCCGAUUCGGCGAAGGUGCACGGUGAGGCUGCUGCUGCGCAGCUUGAUGUUGUGGCUGCAUCUAUGCACAGGCGGCGACUUGUUUUCGCGACCUGCGAGGGGCUGUGUCCUGGCGCGAACCGCUUCGGUUGCUGGCUGCGGUUGGCUUUGCUGUGGCAUCGCGUCGCGACUGCUAGAUAGGCACCGGGUUUGGCUAUGUGCCUGUUGAAACCGACCCCGGCUAUGUCCGGGCGAUGAGGUUGUUCGGCCUUAGACUGUGGAGGGGCUCAGUCCCUUUUCCCGUGACCGGGGAACACUUGUCCCAUACUAGUCGCGACCUGGUAAUAGAAAAGAAAAGUGGAAAAGGGAAGGGAAGGGGUGGGUGGCAUGGCAACCUGAGUAGACCUGAGACUUUCUGCGUGCGUGGCUGAGUACCCGGUUGGCCGGUUGGACAACUGCGCACGUGCGUCGCUCGCAACUGCGCACGGGAAUGCUGGCCUCCCGAGUAUACUGAAGCUGUAAAGAGUAAAGAGG